AUGACCGAACUUCUCCACCCUCCGCCCCAAAUGACCCCGAAGCGAAAACGCACCGAUCCCCCACCGCUCAGCCCCGCCCGGAGCCGUAUAGCCUCUUCGCCGCGCGCUGACUCCGCCUUUACUUUCCAACUGCCAACGCGAUCGAUUCAGCGGCCUUCCCCUUUUCCCGAUCUGCGCGAGACGGGCGAGCCCGCGGAUUCCCCAGACGCCGCGGAAAGCCCUGCGAGCAGCGGGGUGGUGCGCCAAUUCCGCGGGCUGGCUGUUUUGGACAGCGGUAGCGGCAGAGCCGGGGGUGGGCAAAAUGAUGAUGGAAAUGAGGAUGAUGGACAAGACGACGAUGGCGAAGACAGCGAGGGCGGCGGCAGAAGUGGGGCAAACUGCAAAAUCAACGACGAAUCCAAGGGCGUUGCUCCCUUGCUUGAACAAGGAGACGAGGGUCUAGUCGCGCGAAAACGCCUGAAGCGAGACGACGACAACGGUGACGACGGCGGCAGCGAUAGUCCCGCACCUACCACCAUGAUGAAUAUCGAUCAAGUUACCUCCUCUCAGCAACAACAUCCUUACCUAGCGCCGCGCGCCGCGACGGCAGUUUGGCCCCUGCCUACCGCGUUACCCAACGCAGAACCGUCUCUUCCUAGCAGCGCUUCGACACUUCUUUCCGAGCCUGCCCAGGUCACCGAGUCAGACCCGCCGCCUAUCCAAGACCUCCAGGGCGGCGAAGACGCGGCUGCGGCAACGACGGGGGCGGCGACCUCGACACCGACAAUGAUACCACAAGGCGAGGACGACGAGGACUCCGAGAUCGUAGAGCCCAUCCGGGCCGCGCUCACGUGGCGGGAGGAAGAAAUCACCGUCUACGACCCCGAGGACAAGGACGACGAUGGCGCCGGCAUGGACGGCGUCGGGUUCCAGCCCCCACCGGCGAUAGCGCGUGCCAUUGCCUUGAAAAAGAGGCAGCAGUUGCUCGCGUACAAGAAAAUGGCGCUACGGUUCCGGAUUCUGGGUUAG